GCCUUUCUAGUUACCUUUACCAGUACGACAUCAGUGGAAAACCCCACCUUCUUUACAAUCUAUCGAAAAAUCAUCUAAAGUGUACCUGUUUAGAACAGGAAACCAAACAGUAAACAAAAUCAACAAAUCAGAAAAAAAAACCUAAGACAGAACUAAUCGAUUUGACCGUGAAAGGAGUGGUCGAUCCGCCCUGAAAUCGCACUCGAGAGCUCGUCUUGGCCGUAGAUAAUAAUCUGAUAAAAAGUACAGAAACUAAAAGUGCAUAGCAAGUAUUUUAUAACUUAAUACCUCAAAUAGUAGCUAUAUAUAACUUUUUUAAAUAACAAUGUCGUCCUGGGGAAUCUUUAUGCGGAGACAGCAGCAAUUCUGCUCGCUGUUAAAACUUCAUCAACUCAACAUCCAGCCCUUGUGUCAUCAGAGAGGAUUGCAUAAAACAAUUGCAGUCAAAACAUACGAUGUGAGAAAGGUGGAGUUAACACCACUGGAACAAAGGAAACUCACCUUUGACUCCCAUGCGCUCGUCAAAGAGCUGGAAUCAAGCGGCUUUGAGAAGAGGCAAGCGGAACUGAUCGUCACAGCAUUAGUGACUCUCACUACGGCCAAUAUUGACAUUGUAUACAGAGACAUGGUGACUGGAGCACAUCAGGAAAUCGCUUUACAGCAAAUCAUGGCUCAUCUCGAUGCUAUCAGGAAAGACAUGGUUAUCCUGGAGAAAAGUGAAUUCGCCAAUUUACGUUCAGAAAAUGCUAAAAUGAAAACAGAACUGGAGCAAAUAACGAACAGACUACUGGAAGAAAGCCAAAAAAUAAGAGCUGAAGCAAAGUUAGAUAUUAAUCUGGAGAGAAGCAGAGUUACCGAUAUGUUUACAGAACAAGAGAAGAAACUGAUGGAUGUUAGAAUGGAGUUUCAGAAAAUGAAUGCAGAUAUAGAAAGUGAAGCUGUUGAAACGUCAAAGAAAAUAGACAUCCAAGUGGCAUCUUUGAAAACCCUCCUGGAAUCGCUCAAGCUAGAGACUGUUAGAUAUCUUGCAGCAUGCAUCUUCACCUGCUUGGCAAUUGCCUUGGGAUUCUAUCGCUUCUGGAAAUGAAGCUCACAAAACUGGAGAUUUCAUGUUUUACCUAAAACUUAUGAAAUUUUAUUAUAUUUUUGUUAAUGUUUUUCAUGUGAGCAACAAAAUUCAGAGGUGCCCAAACAUUUUACUUUGAAGGGCCAAAGAUCAAACUCGUUUUAGGGUUGUUUGGGCCAAAAGUAAAUGCUGGAUUUUAUAUAAUUUAUUAUAUAAAUUCCCUUUUGUCUCAUAAGUCCUGGUUUGGGCAUCAGUGUCUUAACAAUUCUCAUGUUAGACUAUAUAUACACUAUUUUUUUAAAGCUAUCGCUAACAAUUGGUUGUCUGUUUUCUUUUAAGCAAGUGUAGUACAUACUUGUGCAAUUUUCAGAGAACAUUUCUUGAAAUGAUUUGUCUUUGACCAUGUUUGUAUGCCACGUUACACAAGUAUUUUAAGUGAUUUGUAUUUUUAAUAAGGGUUAAUAAACCUCAUCUGGAAACUGAA